AUGGAUUCAAGAACAAAAUUGUUUCACUGUGACGUUUGCAGUUCAGAUUGUACUAAUAGAAUACGUAUUCAAUGUGCAAUUUGUACAGAUUAUGAUUUAUGUGUACCUUGUUUUGCUGCAGGAUUAACUACUGGAGAUCAUAAACCAUGGCAUGAUUAUCAAAUUAUUGAACAAAACACAUAUCCAAUAUUUGAUCGUGAUUGGGGAGCAGAUGAAGAAUUAUUAUUAAUCCAAGGAUGUGAAACUUCUGGGUUAGGUAAUUGGGCUGAUAUAGCUGAUCAUAUUGGUAAUCGAUCUAAAGAAGAAGUUGCUGAGCAUUAUUUUAAAAUAUAUUUGGAAAGUAAAGAUUAUCCCUUGCCGGAAAUGAAUAAAGAUUUCACCGAUGUUUCACCAUUACAAUUUCUUGAAGAAAGAAAGGAACGAUUAGAAAAACGUAAAAACAUACCGUUACCACCACCUAGAGGGAAACCUGUUGCCUCGGUGCCAUUGUGUCAUGAAAUUCAAGGUUAUAUGCCUGGUAGAUUAGAAUUCGAUCAUGAAGCAGAAAACGAGGCGGAAAUACCCAUCAAAGAUAUGGUUUUCGAUCCAGAAGACCUGGCUAAUGAUAUAGAUUUGAAACUAACCAUAUUGGAUAUUUAUAAUUCUCGAUUAACAACUAGAGCUGAACGUAAACGAGUAAUGAUUCUCAAUCAUUUAUUGGAUUACAGGAAAAAUAUUAGUGUAGAUAAAAGGAAAUCUAAAGAAGAAAAAGAGUUAUUGAAAAAAAUCAAUGCCUUCAUUAGAAUACUAACACCAGAAGAUUUUGAAAGUUUUUCUCGUGAUUUAUUGACAGAAUUGAAAUGUCGUAUGAAGAUUCAACAAUUACAGACGUGGAGACGUCAUGGAAUUACUACUUUAGAGGACGGGGCAAAAUAUGAAAAAGAUAAAGUCAUUCGAGCUGCACAUUAUCAAAGAAUGGGCAAUGGUACAGGUUCUGGUAGACAUUCACAAACACCAGGAUUAAUGAAUGGUAGUUCUUUCAAUGGUAAUGGCCAUCGUAAUAAAUUUUCACCACAACCUGAAUUUAGAUCAAAAUCAACUACUGCUAGAGCUCCUUUGGAUAUUAGUCAUGCCGCUGAUUUUGAAUUAUUAUCAGCUGAGGAAAAACAAUUAUGUGCUACAUUAAGAAUAUUACCUAAACCUUAUUUGGCUAUUAAAAACCAAUUGAUGAGAGAAGCCGUUAAAAACAAUGGUAUAUUGAAAAAGAAAGAUGCUAGACAAGCAUUAAAAAUUGAUGUCAAUAAAGCCUCAAAAAUUUAUGAAUUUUUUGUGCAUAUGGGAUGGUGUUCUCAAGGAUAA